GGUCGGUGACGGCGCGCCUGCGCAGAAGAAAGGCCGUCCGGCGGGUAGCGGGUCCGGGCUUGGUUGCUGCGAGUUUGAGGUGUGGGCGGCGGGGCCCGAACCGGAACCGGAACCGGAACCCGAGCGGUCGGUAGUGCGGCGUCCUCUCGCUCUGAUAGUCCGCUCUGCUCGGCGCGAGCUGCAGCACUAUUCUGAUAUGGCAGACUCAACUAGAAAUGGCCCCCAGGGUGGUGUCUUGCAAUUCAUGAUGGCUAACAAACUGGAGGCUGCCAUGUGGCUUUCUCGGCUUUUCACAAUAUACUGCUCUAUCAUGUUUAUAUUUCCCUUUAUGGGAUUAUAUGAGGCUACCAAUUUUUAUCAACGUGCUUUGCUGGCAAAUGCUCUUACCAGUGCACUUCGGUUACAUCAACGUUUACCUCACUUCCAAUUGAGCCGUGCUUUUCUGAAUCAGGCCCUGCUGGAGGACAGCUGCCACUAUCUUCUUUUCUCUCUAAUCUUUGUCAACUCCCAUCCAGUUACUAUGAGUAUUUUCCCAGUUUUUCUAUUUUCUCUGUUACAUGCUACAGCUUAUACAAAGAAAAUUUUAGAUAUCCUGGGUCCAGGCAGUUUGGCUUUUUUAAGGGCCAUCUUAGAUAAAAUUUCAGCAAAUCAGCAGAAUAUUUUGAAGUUUAUUGCUUGCAACGAAAUUUUUCUGAUGCCGGCUACAGUCUUCAUGUUGCUAAGUGGUCAUGGAAGUUUGUUGCAGCCUUUCAUUUACUACCGAUUUCUUGCACUCCGAUACUCCUCUCACAGAAACCCCUACUGCCGAACCCUCUUUUCAGAACUGAAAUUACUGUUGGAACAUUUAAUCAUGAAGCCUGCCUGUCCUGGAUUUUUGCGAAAUAUGUGUCUUAACUGUAUUUCUUUAGUAAGUCGAUUGGCUCCCACCACCAAUUAAAAUGGAAACCACACAUCCUCUAUAAAAAUAAAUAAAUAUGCUGAGCAACUGAUUAAUGUUACUGGCUGUCAGCCUGGACAUACUCAAAAUUCUUGUUUUUUUAGAAUCCCUUUCAUAUCAGAUUGUACCUUUGAACCAAAAUUUGUUAAACUGUAUUUCAGUUUUUUGUUGAAUUACUUAGUUCAAAUGGUUGGUUAUGGUGUGGAACAACAAAGAUAUUAGUGUGGGGUGUAAUUUUAACUGAUUUAAUGAUGCUGAAAUCGAGAUUUACUUUUAGUCAAUAUUGGGAAAAUGGAAAAAUAGUACUAAAAGUAAUUGGUCUUGGUAGUGUAAUUAUUUGGAUGUUCAUGAUCUUAGAUUUUGUUGACUAUACCCAAGAAGUUGUACAUAAGUGUAUAUAUAUAUAUAGGGUGUCCAAUUCAUUGAGUAGCUGAAUUACACAUCAAACACUGCAUCGUGAAGUGUGUUAAAUCAAGUACCAAUAAAGAGGCAUUGGUUGCCCACUUGCUCUCUUAAAUGUCUGUUUCUCAAUUGAUCAGAAUACCCAAUGAAUAGCCUUAACAAUGAUUUUUGAGGUAGCACAAAUUAAUUAGAUUACAGUUAAAUGGAGGUAAAUAUUAAUAAAAUAUAAACUUGAUGUUGUUUUGUGGUCAUGGUGGGAAAAAAACUUUUAAUGCUCACUGGGAUUUGAGCACUUCCAAUCUUGAAAAGAACACCUAAAAUGUGUUUUGCGUUAUCUCACAUUAAAAAGGUUGACUUUAUAGCAGGUUGAUAUUUAAAUGGUGAAUAUUUAAUGCAUGUAACUUUUACCAGCAAUUUGCACUGAACUUAAGCAUUCUAGUGGCAAACUUUAAUCCUUUCCAUCAGAAUCUGUAUUGGUGCAGAAAGUUCACAAUAAUGAAAUACAAGCUAAAUUAGCUAGGAAAUAUAAAAAAUAAACUUUUUUAAGAUGUAUGUAUAAAAUUUCGUACAUAGUAAACCAAAUAUUUAUGUAACCAGUUUCUCAUUACAAGAAAUGCAGGACUGACUAUGAUGCUGUUAAGUAGUGUUGGUGUUUAGUUUUCUGUUCUGUCAACCCAGCUGUAAUAUGCAUUGUAGGGAAUUUUUUGACUGAAGUUGCUGUACCUAAUAAAGCAUAACAUUGAAGUGGU